AUGGGCUUUUUCGUGUUCAAAUUUGGCAACACUGGCAGCGAACCAGAAGCAGUAGCCGCUAAAAAGUUGAUCGACGUCCUGGGGGCGUUAAUCCCGACAAAGGACACGGACUCGGAUCCACCACAAGAGAGAACACGAACCGCCCCUUUCAAUUGCGGGGGAGGUAGGGCUGGGCCGGAGUACGUGUGGGGUGGGCAGUUUCCAUCUCGCAGAUUCUUGAAACUUCCACAAGCCUGGAGAGCCUCUUGGAUUAAUGGAGCCUCAGCCUACCACCCUCCCCUCUACGGCCUUGAGAGCGGAAAAGUGCCUGAUUGCCCCAUCGCCCAAGCCAAAACCAAUUUUGACCUUUCUCAGUUCCUUGGCGAUUGGUACGUGCUGGCUUAUGAAUACCCAAAGAAGAUGCGACUGAAAGACCUCAGUUGUGUCGGCCUUCAUUUCUCCAUGGCUGGAUUCGGGGACAUCCAAUCGAAUUUCACAUUUCGCUUUCCCGCCAAAACGGGAUUCUUUUACCACGUUCCAACCUUUUCGAUAGUUAGCCAAGUCAAGACGUCCUUGUGGGAAACGCAGUUCGUUGGAGUCGAAUUGAUUUCUUCCAUCGUUGAGACGGAUUAUCAAAAUUGGGCAGUUCUGGUCCAAUGUCGAGAGUCUGGCGGGGGAUCGGAUCCCAAAUUCCUUUCAACUCGCAUCCUUUCCCGAGCUCGGACUUUGAGUACCGAGCAUUUCAUGGAGGUACAAGCCGCAAUUGAGAAGGUGGGAGCGAGUGCAGACUUCAGAUACCCUGUGGUUCAAGACGAGUGCGAAGAACUGGAUUCAGCUUAAGCCCCAAUUGUUCCACCUACAUCCAGCCUUCCAUUACCAAAAAAAUGCCAGAAAGUGAUUCUGCCUGCUCCGGUUUCUCAUGGGCCUGCAUCGACCCCCAUUGAGGCCCAGGUUGAAAGGCUUAGAUAAAGUUGAUCCCGCAUUUCAAAAUGAGUUUCGAACUCACAAAAAGUUCCAUAUUCAACUUCCCGACU